CGUUCACUCAAUCUUUCAAGACCCAACCAACUGUCUUUUCCACUUUGAUCCAACAUCAACUACCAAAAAAAUCCGCAUCUCAGCCUCUCUAUAAUUCUCUGAUUCACCAGCUCUGAGUUUCAAAAUCUGCGGUUCAUAGAAUUCCAAGAAAACCAGAGAUGGGGUUAUCUGGAUUGACGCCAAAACGCUGUUGAAGUAAUGCCAAAAAACUCUGUAAAGUAAAUGCUAAAUCGAUGGCUUUAUGGUGUGUCGGCACAGCAUUUCCUCUGAAGAGGACGCGUGUUGACCCACCUCUACGGCUCGUUCGUGAUAUUAUGAUUUAUGACACAGCCACCAAACCCACUUUACCCCUUUAAUGGUUAGCUGUUAGCACCACUAUCUUGUUUUUCUUGUAGUCCGGAGCCCCUUCUCCUCAAAUUUGGUUGUUGGGUUUGUAAAUUGUGUAUCAAAUUUGUGGGUUUGGUGGUUUGACGACGAGGAUUUGUUGUAUCAUGCAAAGGAGGAAGAUUACCACAGAUUCUCAGUACUAUGACAGAAAGGGGAUUGCAAAAUGGUGAAGAAACAGAGGAAUUUAACAAAUCAGCAAACUUCUGUCCAAAUGCGGAAUGCUGAAUAUGUGGGUUUGGAGGAGGACGAUGCUUCUCCCAAGUAUGAUAAUUUCAAGAAGGUUUCCAUUAUACCUCUUGUUUUCCUUAUCUUCUAUGAGGUCUCUGGGGGUCCGUUCGGUGUUGAAGACACUGUCCAGGCAGCUGGCCCCCUUUUAGCUCUUCUUGGCUUUCUGCUUUUCCCAUUUAUAUGGAGCAUCCCAGAAGCCUUAAUAACUGCAGAAAUGGGUACAAUGUUCCCGGAGAAUGGUGGAUAUGUGGUUUGGGUUUCUUCGGCUUUGGGCCCCUAUUGGGGUUUUCAGCAAGGUUGGAUGAAGUGGUUGAGUGGAGUCAUUGAUAAUGCGCUAUACCCAGUUCUGUUUCUAGAUUAUCUGAAAUCAGCAAUCCCAGGUUUAGAAGGUGGGUUGCCUAGGAUAAUAGCGGUUCUAGCUUUGACGCUGGCUCUCACUUACAUGAACUACAGAGGUUUGACCAUUGUGGGAUGGGUUGCUGUGCUAUUAGGAGUGUUCUCAAUUCUUCCUUUUGUCGUUAUGGGACUGGUGGCAAUUCCUGAACUGGAGCCUUCAAGAUGGUUUGUUAUAGACCUGCACAAUGUAAACUGGGGUUUGUAUUUAAACACUCUCUUCUGGAAUCUGAACUACUGGGACUCAAUUAGUACUCUUGCAGGAGAGGUGGAGAACCCCAAUAAAACUCUGCCAAAAGCUCUUUUUUAUGCUCUUAUUUUGGUUGUUCUAGGGUAUUUUGUUCCUCUUCUGGUUGGUACAGGAGCUAUACCACUUGAUCGGGAGAUGUGGGUUGAUGGGUAUUUCGCAGAUAUUGCUAAGAUUCUAGGAGGUAUAUGGUUACGAAGUUGGAUCCAAGGGGCCUCAGCUCUGUCAAACAUGGGGAUGUUUGUGGCCGAGAUGAGCAGUGACUCCUUUCAGCUUUUGGGGAUGGCAGAACGUGGGAUGCUCCCAGAUUUCUUUGCCAAGAGGUCUCGCUAUGGGACCCCUCUUACUGGGAUUUUAUUUUCUGCAUCUGGUGUGAUUUUGCUCUCAUGGUUGAGCUUUCAAGAGAUUGUAGCUGCAGAGAACUUCUUAUACUGUUUUGGAAUGAUUAUGGAAUUCAUAGCAUUUGUAAAGUUAAGGAUGAGAUACCCAGCAGCAUCCCGGCCUUAUAUGAUACCUGUUGGUACAACUGGAGCAAUUUUGAUGUGUAUACCCCCAACCUUAUUGAUUUGUGUGGUAUUAGCUCUUGCUUCUUUCAAAGUCAUGGUUAUUAGUCUCUUGGCUGUGAUGAUUGGGCUUGUUAUGCAGCCUUGUCUCCUUUAUGCUGAGAAAAAGAGAUGGCUCAGGUUCUCCAUGAGUUCUGACCUUCCAGAUUUUCAUUCUGCCUACCAUGGAGAUACCGAAUCAGGGAAACAGUAGCAAACCUCAGACUUUGACAAUGUAAUAAUGAGAUUUAGCCUCCUUUUAUUUGAACUUUUUGUCCUAGUUGUGUUUAUAAACAUCUUAAGAUGAUUAUGAAUAUGUGGCCCAGAGUUAUUCCUA